AUGAUGGAUCAGAACACCUCCCGUGGGCUGGUGGUCAUUGCUCCCAUAUCACCUCUCAACCGCUUCUUAGGCUCCGAGAAGCUGAAUGGAGCUGCGAUCACCUUUUUCACUUCCAACAAAGUGAGCAAGACAAAGACAGACGGCCGACUAGAGUAUUUGUUCUGGCGCAUUUGGAGUAGUGAGGCACUACUCAACAAUCUGGAUGUCAGCUUGAUUGAUCGACUAGUCACAAACAUUAUGCAUUCUGACUUCAGAACUGAGGCUAUCAAACCAGUGAGAUUACCAGAUCAUUUUCUAAUGCAGUCUAUUAAAUCAAUCAAGGAGAUUCCCCAGCAAGAAUUCAUUUUCUCAGCCCCGACCCAUGAAAUACCUACCCAGGUUAUCUGCGAUGCUGCCAAGUCGGGACCUUGUGAGACUCGGGUUCCUCUUCAUCCUAUUCUGAAGAAGACAAAGACAGUUCAAGGGGAUACGCCCAAAACUGCACGUCUACUUUUAUCAAACCCCGAUGGUGAAUCCAUCACACUCAACCCCUCGAUCCAACCCAAUCCUACUCUCCUGACAGAGGAGAUGCCUGACAACUCUGGCAAGUUGGCUACAAAGAGAAACCUUGUUGCUGUCAGUCGACCUACUCGGGGUGGAAGACGUCGGCCUGUUUUCUCCCGUCGAAAAUCAUCACAGUCGUCUAUUCCCAAGGCACAGCCAUCCCCUGCGAGACCAAGAUUCAAGCUAGAUGACGAUUUUGAUCUGCCCGAAGUGACACAUGAUGAGGACUUCACUUAUGAGACGGAAACUGAUAAUCAAGCUAAGCGCGACCUCGAAGAUACGUGGACAGAGCUGGACCGUCCCGUUCAGGCUCCCAUCCUUUCGAGAGACGCAGACCUCAUCUCUGAGAAACUAUUUCCAUCCCCGGAAACCGAACUUAUCAAUCCCAUCUUGCACCAAGUAAGAAGAACGGUCAGUAUUGAUCCCAAAGACGAAGACAUCCAGUGCACUGAAGAAAGCGUGAACGACAGUACAAUUAAGUCGAGUGAAAGUAGCGACAGCCCAGACUCAGACUUCGACGAGAAUGUCCCAGGAUUCCUGGGAAUGAAACGCGUCCGCAUGCCCAAAGCUAUGUUCGAUGGAUUUGCCAGCAUCCUCACCAAUCAUGAACCAAUCGACGACUACAUUCCACUCCCUCAACGACCAUGGUACGCCGCUGAGCAUGCCUGGGGCCCCCUUCCCCGGGAUCAAUACCUCUUGGACUCAAUUCUCCUUGACGAAAAUGCAGCCCCGAACCCACAGCCCUCGCAUGCCCCAUUGGUGGCUCCAGGGUUCCGACAGCGGUUUCAUGAUUUUAUCGAAGAAACUAGGGAAGAACCAAAAAUGGAUGCGAGGACUUGCGCGAACACCUAUUCGAAGACUUAUGCUAACUCUGAAGAUUUAACAUCCGCUGGUUUCCCACCUCCCGGGUACUUUAUGAAAUCCCCGGUGGAAACAAUUGCGAAUUUCAAUCAAUCUAUGGAUGAAUUGUUUUCUGAUCAAAAUUCUGGCGGAGACAAAUCGGAUGAUACCAUUUCACCGUUGGUGGUUUAG